UCGCUUCCUGUCUAUCCUUUUGAUUCUCGCCUGAAUUCGUGACAGUUCCUCUCAUUUCCGUGUAUUAAUUUCAAGAAUUAGGAUCCUUCGCACUCAUGGAUAAUGUAUCUCCAAUCCCUUUGAUUAAGAUGCAAGAGCAUCAUUCAUGCUCCAUUGGCUUAUUUAAACGACUUGCUUCAAGUUCAUUUCAGUCUGUCCAACUGUUUUGGUGAUUGUAACUAUCGAGUUUUGGUGCUGAUGGAUUGUCAGCAGCAAGAGUAGAGUCUUCUGUGUUUGACAAUUUAAGUGGUUAAUGCUUGAACGUGGUAGAAAUGGAUUGUAACAUGGAAGAGGCUAUCAAGGCUAUGAAAAUUGCUGAGAAGAAGCUGGAAAUCAGUGAUUUUAUUGGGGCGAAGAAGAUGGCUCAAGCAGCACAUAGGCUCUUUCCUUCGCUUGAAAACAUUACUCAAUUGCUAACGGUAUGUGAGAUUCACUGUUCAGCACAGAAUAGAAUCUAUGGAACGGAAAAUGAUUGGUAUGGGAUUCUUCAAAUUGAUCAAUCAGCAGACGAAACAAUUAUAAAAAAGCAGUACAGGAAGCUCGCACUGUUACUCCACCCAGAUAAGAACAAGUUUGCUGGUGCAGAAGCUGCUUUCAAACUUGUUGGUGAAGCCAACAGACUGCUUUCUGAUCAGUCAAAACGCAUGUUAUAUGACAGGAAGUAUGGAGCUGCAAGAAGAAAUAUUGCACCUUCCAAGUCAUCUCAUGAUCAGCGAAAUGGAUUCAACAACCAAGCGAGUGGAGCUGCAAAUGGCUACUCAAGUGGAGGGAAUUCUUAUAUACCAUCACAGCCUCAGCCACAGCAGGCCUUUUGGACAUGCUGCCCAUUUUGUAAUGUGAGGUAUCAGUACCUCAAAUGUUAUCUUAAUACGAUGUUGCGUUGCCAGAAUUGUGGCGGUGGUUUCAUCCCUCGUGAUUUGAGUAGCGAAACGAUGCCUCGAACAUCCCACCAAGCUAACAUCCCUCAGAAAAAAGCAGGAGCUUCCAAAUCUGCUGCACAAAACAAACAUAGUUCUGAUAAGAAAUCUCGGGAUAGAUCUGCUGGAGUUGAUUUGAAUGCUAACGCUGGAAAAAAACAGAAGGCACAACAAGUGGAUGUGGAAGAUAGACAGGGAGGUAAUGUUAAGCCUAAACCCAAUGCAGCAACAAGCACGAAAAAGCCUCCUACCAAGAGCGAAAACAGGAAGAGACAACGAAAAUCAGCAGACUUGAAAGAGAAGAUGAACAACUCUUCUGUUUGUCAUGGAACUGUUGAUGGUGAUGCAAAGGGCAUCAAACAUGAACUCAAGCCCAACACAGACUUGAAAGGAGUACACGUUUUGGUGUGUUCAGAUCCUGAGUUUAGCGAUUUCGACAAGGAUAAAGUGGAAGCUUGUUUUGCAGUCAAUCAGGUAUGGGCUAUAUAUGACAUCAUUGAUGGCAUGCCAAGAUUUUACGCCCGCAUUAGAAAAGUGUUCUCCCCAGAAUUCAAGCUCCAGUUUACCUGGUUCGAACCAAACCCAGAUGACAAAGAUGAAAUUGAAUGGAGUGAUGCAGAAUUGCCGGUAGCAUGCGGGAAGUACACAAUAGGAGAAACUGAGGUAACUGCUGAUCUUCCCAUGUUCUCCCAUUUAGUACAUUGCCCCAAGCGGGGGGGAUUCAAGAAUUCUUUCUUCAUGCAUCCCAGAAAAGGAGAAACUUGGGCUGUUUUCAAGGAUUGGGAUAUUAAAUGGAGCUCUAACCCUGAAAAACACACAGCUUUUGUGUAUCAAUUCGUUGAGAUCUUGGGAGAUUAUGACGACGAUGUUGGCAUCUCGAUUGCUUUCAUGGACAAGGUCAAGGGCUUUGUCUGUUUGUUUCAGACUACUGAGAAGCAUAGACUAAACUCCAUUAACAUCCCACCCAACGAGCUGUACAGAUUCUCUCAUCAAAUCCCUUCGGUUAGAAUGACUGGAAAGGAAGGAGAAGGCGUUCCAAAAGGGUCAUUCGAAUUGGAUCCUGCAGCUCUUCCCCCUAAUAUUAACGACCAUGGGUAUCAAAAUGGGGUAUCGACACAGAAGGAAAGCAGCGCAGUUCGUGAAAAUGGAGGGACGGAGAGUGUGAAGAAACAUGGGAAGAUUGGCGUUGAAAGAGAAACAAUGAUACUUAGAAGAUCACCGAGGAAUUUGGGGUAGAAAAAUGGAGAGGACUUCAUCUUCAUCUGCCAUGUAGGUAACCCACUAAAUUCAUCUCACUUCUGAUCUUCCCAUGUUUAUCCAUCUCUAUUCUAUUUUGGUUACCAUGUUUGUAAAGUUAGCUUCUUUUUGGACUUCUAAAGAGCUUAUAUUCUUGGUGCUCGUUGGAUUGAUCUAUAAUACUCGAUACUUUGAAUAGCAGUGAUUUUUUU